AUGCUAUUCACGGGAAUAAUUUCCCUAUACUAUUACGUGGGCUCUACCGGCGUAUCCAUUGCACACCUACUAGCCUACUGUUCCUGUUUUAAUUGCUAUAUCUACUGUUUCAUGCACACCAAGUUCCGCGAGGCGUUACUGAGAAUGUUAUCCAGGACAGUCAACCGGCAAAAUAGUUGCGUAUUUGCGCCCAAUAUUUUUGGCGACGACGGCAACGACACCCAGACAUCCAGUAGUCGUCAGGACAUCGCCAUGGGAAUUACAAAUCAAUUAUUAACCAAGGACUCCUAA